CCCCUAUCCUAAAAAAAAUACUACUAAAAGUGUUGUUUCACUUUUCUUUUUCAGAAGUUUUUUUACUAUAAUUUUCCCAUACUGAAUUUCGACAAUGUCGAGAAAAACCAAUGAAAAUUUAAGCGACGACGACAACCUGUGCUGUGUGUGCUUCAAAAACGUAGAAAUCUACUCCCUGGGGUCCUGCGAUCAUGCAGUAUGUUUCGAAUGUUCAACUCGCAUGAGGAUUUUGUGCAAGCAAAAUGAGUGUCCCAUAUGCAGAAGGGACCUUCCCAAGGUUUUCUUCACCACACAAAUUGAACCAUUUUCUGCCCUAUUCCGACGUUUCGAAUAUUCCAAUCAUCAAGAUCGUAAAGUCGGCAUCAUAUUUUGCACACCAGACGUCCAAAAAGCUUACUAUAAGCUCCUAGAACAUCGCUGUCACGUUUGUGAGGAUGACGAGCAUAACAGGCCUUUUAGAACGUUUCUACAAUUGAAAGAUCACAUGAGGAGAGAGCACGAACUCUUCUACUGCGAUAUUUGCAACGAACACUUGAAAAUAUUCAGUUUUGAAAGGAAAUGCUACAACAGACAGGAAUUAGGUUAUCACAGAAGAAAAGGCGACAAAAAUAAUUCUUCUCACAAAGGCCAUCCGCUGUGCGAAUUUUGUGACAUCAGAUUUAUGGACAAUGACGAAUUGUUCAGGCAUUUGCGUAGGAACCAUCUGUUUUGUCAUUUUUGUGAUGCCGAUGGCAAGCAUCAAUAUUACAAUUCAAUGGAGGAACUUAAGAGGCACUUCAAAGACGAACACUUUCUAUGUGAAGAAGGCGAAUGCAAAACACUGGCUCUUACCGCUGUUUUUAGAAGUGAAAUCGAUUUGAAAGGCCACAUAGCAACGCACCAUAGCAGAUUUAUGAGUAAAUCGGCUACAAGGCAAGCUAGAACGUUGGAGCUGGAAUUUACUAUGGCUCCAAGGCCGAGAAAUGAUAAUAUGCGUAAUAGAAGAGCACCUUAUGAACGUAGAGAUAGAUAUGAAGAUGACUUGUCUUACCUUGUAGAGCCUGGAGGAUCUGACAGUGGUUUUAGUAAUGCCCCUCAAGUAUUCGUAAAUCCUCUUACCUCAGAUCACUUUCCAGCGCUUGGAGGCAAUGCAACUAACAAUAAUUCUAACAAUAUUUCUUUGAUUUCAAAAAAUUACACGAAAUUCAGCAACGCUGCAUUCAAAAACAACGACUUUCCUUCUUUAGGUGGAGGAUCAUCUUCAUCAAACCGACCUACUCCUGCAGUAACAAUAACAACCAAUUCCGCAAGAUCAUCUGCGCCAGAAGUCACUAUUACCAGAACUUUGAGGCCCAAGUCAAAUCCACAGAAACAAAAAGAAAAUUUUCCUGCUUUGGGUGGUUCUAGCAAACAACCUGGAGGCAGUACGGUUACGUUAAGUGUAAAUAGUAGCAAUCAAAAACAAAGCCCCAAAGUGUCUAUACAAGUCAAUCAAAAAUCUAAUGGUGCAAUAACCACACACAUAACAACCAGCGCGCCAUCUACCUCGCAAAGAACCGAAUUUUUUCCUGCCUUGGGUGAUGCUAGUGGGCCUACAAAUGAACCCAAAUGGGUGCAAAGCAAGGCUAAAAAACAAGUAGAACCCAAAACGUUGAAAGUGGCACCGUGUCCAAUAUUGCAGACGGACAAUUUGGAUUCGUUUCCCAGUUUGGCUAAGGGCAAAAGUGAAAAAGCCAAAAAGUCUUCGAGUGUUACAGUUCCUGUGGAUAGUUGGGUUAGUUUGAGUAGUACAAAGAAUAAUAAUAAGAAGUUAGAGCAAGGGGCCAGUAAAGGGAAGAGUAAUGGUGAAGAAAGAACUGAUAAUAAUUUGAAAGGUGGUGGAGAGAGCAGUAAAAAAGGCGAAACGAAUAAGAAACUCUCUGACCUGGAAACUAAACUUGCAAAUCUGAAAUUAGUAGCAGCCGAUGAAAAUAAAAAAACCAAAAAGAAAAAGAACAAAAAUCCCGAUGAAGAAUCCAACAAUAAAAAAGAAGCUAGUAAAAAAGAUUCUGGAAAGGAUGUCAAUGAAAAUGAAGACCGCACCAACCAAAAUGGUAUGGUUAAGAAACGGUCUGAGCUUAAAAUUGGUUCUCUGAGUAAUACAAAUUCGUUUGUUGAUGAUAGUCCUGCUGUAAGCUCUAAGAUGCCACCUCCAGGGUUCUCUUCGAAACCGAAUUUACCUCAAUCAGCAACAGUAAAACCGCCUCCCGGAUUUAACAGUUCAAGCUCAAACUUUCCCUCGUUAAAUUUUCCUAAUAAUGACUUAACAUUCACCAAUUCUAGUGGAAAAAGUUAUGCCAUCAGUCCUACAAAGGCUUCAACUGCUUAUAGAACACCUUCAAACUUUCAAAAUCGUAACAUAAACUUGUCUAAAAAAUUCAUGGAAGUUUUAAAUGAUGAAAAAUCGAUGAAGCAUUUUAUGACAUUGUCAGGCGAUUUUCGCAGUGGAGCAGUUGAUGGAAAAAAAUAUUACCAAGAAUGUAGGAAGAUUUUUGCAAACAAAUUCGACGAUAUUUUUCCCGAAUUGUUAGUAUUACUGCCCGUUGUAGAAAAGCAACAGGAGUUAUAUGAACAUUUGAGUGGAAAGCUCAAAGAAAAUAUUAUAGUUUGCCAAAAUUGCCAACAAGUGAUUUUAAAAAAGGAAUUAAGCGAGCACUACAACCAUCACACAUUGGAAAAUCAUUUUCCUUCUUUAGGAUCUGCCAAGGAAAUUGAUUCGGCUUGGAAAAAAUAGGGUUUUUUGUAACAAAUUGUUUAUAAGUCUUCCAUUAUUUUGAAAUUUAUUAAAAGUGGACGACUUACGAACAUAAUUUGGUAUUUUCUAACCGAAUAAAUAUAAUUAAUUUUUUGGCUGUGGUUUAUAAUAAGAAUGCCAGCUGAUGUUCAUUUGAUUUCAGAUGUAAGUAUUUAUGGAUUUUAUUUUUUCACUUUUUUCGGUUUAUUAGUAGACAUUUUGUACUAAAAUAUUCUAUUGUUGAACGACACUUAUUUAAUGAAUCCUUAUUGUUGCUGGGAAAUAAUUUAUAAAACGAACGCUUAGCUUUUUUUAAAUGUUAAUACAUUUUUGAAGUUUGAUUAUUAUGAUUUUAUUUUUCAAUAGUUUUUUGUUAAAAGGUUGGAGCACACUAUAACCAAUUACAGUGCCUAGCGUUCCACCAGAGUCAAAUUCAAUUACGAAUUUUCUUAUUCAAAAUUUGAUUUUUUCAAAUUUUCAAUUAUACCUUCCUUACGAACCAAAUUGUUUUAAGUUGUAUAAACUUAUGAACAUUAUUCUGAAGCAAUUCAAGAUUGAAAUAUGCAAGGAGGAAGACAAGUAUCCUUACGAAUGUGGGACUAAAAAAAAGCUGUUCCGAAACAGAGACUUGUAGGAGGAUUUCUGGAUUAACAGAGAUAGUUGAGGAUCGGAAAUUGGAAGACGUAGAACGUUAUAGACUAAUAAUUAUACAUAAAUAUAACAUAUAAACUUUUUUUUCUUUUACUACUAACCUGAGAAAUAGUCAUUAUUCAAUCUAUUUUUUUAGGAAAAAAUUGAAUUUCUCUCCCUAGGUUAAUAAUGAAAAUAAUGAAAAAAUACCUAGGUCAAUAAUGAAAAUGACGUCAUGAUGCAAGGAUAUUGUCAUGUUUCUAUUGGUCCAAUUUCAAUUUCAUACGUCAAUUCAAAAAAAAUAAUUAAGAGCACAGAUUUUGAAUAUUUUUUUUAUUUUCUACUAGUAGUAGUAAAAAAAAUUCUAUAUAUUCCUCGGUAGAGAAAGUCAUUAUAUACCUUACACAUUAUAAUAUAUAUAAAAGCGCUCGGUAUAUAAUGACCAACUUCUCUACCUAGGUAUAUAAUAUACUAUUUUAUGAUUGCUUUUAUCUACAAGUUGCAAAUAUUUUAGUAUGUACCUACUUCAAAAACUAGAACCGUUUUUUCACGGAUAUAAAUCUCUUUCAUCAGUCUUAGCCCUAUGAAAAUGGGACAAACAGUAAUUGAAUUUGACAUAGGUUGGAUCAAAGUGUUACCGUUGUUAAAAUAAAGUGACAUUGUCAUUGAAGAAUGUUAUAAUAAAUAUCAAUAUUGAAAUACUGAUAGACUAUCCUUUGCUCUAUACAGAAAUUCAGAUAACAAAGUAGUGAAGGUAUAGUGCCGGUCAUUUUAUGUGGUUUUUAGACCAAACCAGACAUUGGCACAGUGCGGUAAUAUGUGUGCCAACUUCAAAGUAAUUAACAACAAUUUAACUCAUAUGGACUAUUAUAUGGGGCUGCAUUGAUGAAAGAUAUAAAGUUUGUAUAUAAAAAACGAAUUUCUAAAGCUCAUUUGUUAUAAAAUGUAACAUAAUUUUUUAAUAAAUUAUUUUCAGUAUAGAGUUGUA